AAUCGUUCAAACAAACUCAUCCCACUUUCUCAAUAUGGCUGCCUUCCACUUUGCAUUGGUACUACUAACUUUGCUUUCGUUACAAUUCUCCGAAGCUUCUCGGCUUAGUCUCUUUGCUUCGACUAAUGAUGCACAAGCAGCCAAUAGCACGAAAUGGGCAGUUCUUGUUGCCGGUUCAAAUGGGUACUCCAACUAUCGCCAUCAGGCGGAUGUUUGUCAUGCAUAUCAAAUACUGAAAAGGGGUGGUUUGAAAGACGAGAAUAUUAUCGUGUUCAUGUAUGAUGACAUUGCGAAUAACACGAUGAAUCCAAGGCCUGGUGUCAUAAUUAAUAGUCCCAACGGCUCCGAUGUUUAUGCUGGUGUGCCAAAGGAUUACACCGGAGAUUACGUGACAGCAGCCAAUUUCUACGCUGUGCUUCUUGGCAAUUCCUCGGGAUUAACAGGUGGAAGCGGGAAAGUUGUAGCAAGUAAACCCGGAGAUAAGAUCUUUGUGUAUUUCACCGAUCAUGGUGGCCCUGGACUCCUCUGUAUGCCGAACUUGCCUUACAUUUAUGCGAAUGAUUUCAUUCAGGUUUUGAAAACAAAGCAUGCGAGUGGUACAUACGAUGAGAUGGUGUUAUACGUCGAAGCAUGUGAAAGUGGAAGUGUUUUUGAAGGCCUGUUGCCAGAAGAUUUGAAUAUCUAUGUUACAACAGCAUCGAAUGCAAACGAAAGUAGUUGGGGUACAUAUUGCCCUGGGUCGUUAACUCCCCCGCCUCCGGAGUAUAACACUUGCUUAGGUGACUUAUACAGUAUCUCAUGGAUGGAAGACAGUGACGUGGCAGAUUUGAAUACUGAAACGUUAGAAGAACAAUACUUGAAGGUAAAGGCAAGGACUUUAAAUAACAACACCGUGGGAUCUCAUGUGAUGCAAUAUGGUACACAACUCAUAAGCAAUGAGACUGUUUCGGUUUAUCAAGGUUCUGGGACUUUGAACUCCACCUCGAAUACAUUCCAAUCAAUAAGCUUCAUGGGCGUGGUUGAGCAAAGAGCUGCAGACGUUUAUUCAAUGCGGAAAAUGUACGAGAGUUCAACACUAGAAGCACAGCAGAAGAUUGAACUACUCAAGGAAAUCAAGGAAAUAACUUCGCAUAGGGCACAUUUGGACAGCACUAUCGAAUCGAUCAAAGGAGAGUUGCUAGACCAAGAAUACCUAAAGGAGAGAGCUCCAGGAUCAGUCCUAGUGGACGAUUGGGAUUGUCUUAAAUCCAUGAUUCGAACAUUUGAGAAAUACUGUGGAUCGCUAACUCAAUAUGGCGUGAAACAUACAAGAACAUUUGCUAACAUGUGCAACAAUGGUGUUACGAUGGAUGCUAUGGAUGAAGCUUCAAAGGGAAGAUGUGGGUCUUAUAGCAUGGGGAAGUGGAAUCCUGCGACAGUUGGUUAUAGUGCUUAA